CUAUUAUGCUGCCGGGGCCGGCGAGCCAAAGAGGAGCCGGCCGCGCGGGCCGGGAGGGGACGGCCGCCGGAGCCGCCGAGGCCAAGUGCUGCCUGGUUGGGCCCAGACAUGGAAUGUCGCGCCUCAGCGGGAAGCACAGAGGAAGCCAGGGCCUCCCUGAGCCGCUGCCGUGACUGCCAGUGAGUGAGCAGCUGGAGGAUGUCCGCCGCGACGCCGGUCGCCCCCACGGGGAUCCCGGCGGCCCCGGGCCCAGUGAACCCACCCCCGCCGGAGGUCUCCAACCCCGCCAAGCCCGGCCGCAAGACCAACCAGCUUCAGUACAUGCAGAACGUGGUGGUGAAGACGCUCUGGAAACACCAGUUCGCCUGGCCCUUCUACCAGCCCGUGGACGCCAUCAAGCUGAACCUGCCUGAUUAUCAUAAGAUAAUAAAAAACCCCAUGGACAUGGGAACCAUUAAGAAGAGGCUAGAAAAUAAUUAUUACUGGAGCGCGAGUGAGUGUAUGCAGGACUUCAACACCAUGUUUACAAACUGCUACAUUUACAACAAGCCCACAGAUGACAUAGUGCUCAUGGCCCAAGCCUUAGAGAAAAUUUUUCUGCAAAAAGUGGCUCAGAUGCCCCAGGAGGAAGUUGAGUUACUGCCCCCUGCUCCAAAGGGCAAAGGCCGGAAACCCUCUUCGGGAACGCAGAGCGCAGGCUCGCAGCAAGUGGCAGCCGUGUCCUCCGUCUGCCCGGCGACCCCCUUCCAGAGUGUCCCCCCCACGGUCUCCCAGACGCCCGUCAUCGCCGCCACCCCCGUGCCAACCAUCACCGCUAAUGCCACGUCGGUCCCUGUCCCCCCGGCUGCUGCCCCGCCUCCCCCCGCCACGCCCAUCAUCCCCGUGGUCCCUCCCACGCCGCCCGUCGUAAAGAAGAAGGGCGUGAAGCGGAAAGCGGACACCACCACGCCCACGACGUCCGCCAUCACAGCCAGCCGCAGCGAGUCGCCCCCGCCGCUCUCGGACCCCAAGCAGGCCAAGGUGGUGGCGCGGCGGGAGAGCGGGGGCCGCCCCAUCAAGCCGCCCAAGAAGGACCUGGAGGACGGCGAGGUGCCGCAGCACGCGGGCAAGAAGGGCCGGCUGUCCGAGCACCUGCGCCACUGCGACAGCAUCCUCAAGGAGAUGCUCUCCAAGAAGCACGCGGCCUACGCCUGGCCCUUCUACAAGCCGGUGGACGCCGAGGCCCUGGAGCUGCACGACUAUCACGACAUCAUCAAGCACCCGAUGGACCUGAGCACCGUCAAGAAGAAGAUGGACAGCCGGGAGUACCCGGACGCGCAGGGCUUCGCGGCCGACAUCCGGCUGAUGUUCUCAAACUGCUACAAGUACAACCCCCCGGACCACGAGGUGGUGGCCAUGGCCAGGAAGCUGCAGGACGUGUUUGAGAUGCGCUUCGCCAAGAUGCCAGACGAGCCAGCGGAGGUGCCUGCCCUGCCCGCGCCUGCAGCCCCCGUGGUCAGCAAGGGCGUGGAGAGCAGCCGCAGCAGCGACGAGAGCUCGUCGGACUCGGGCAGCUCGGACUCGGAGGAGGAGCGCGCCACGCGGCUGGCGGAACUGCAGGAGCAGCUGAAGGCCGUGCACGAGCAGCUGGCCGCCCUGUCUCAGGCGCCAGUGAACAAGCCAAAGAGAAAGAAGGAGAAGAAGGAGAAAAAGAAGAAAGACAAGGACAAGGAGCGGCACAAGGUCAAGGCCGAGGACGAGAAGCGGGCCAAGGCCGCCCCGCCCGCCAAGCAGGCCCCGCAGAAGAAGGCGCCCGCCAAGAAGGCCAGCAGCACCACCGCUGCCGGCAGACAGCCGAAGAAGGGCGGCAAGCAGGCGUCAGCCUCCUACGACUCGGAGGAGGAGGAGGAGGGGCUGCCCAUGAGCUAUGACGAGAAGCGGCAGCUGAGCCUGGACAUCAACCGGCUGCCCGGGGAGAAGCUGGGCCGCGUGGUGCACAUCAUCCAGUCGCGGGAGCCCUCGCUGCGGGACUCCAACCCCGACGAGAUCGAGAUCGACUUCGAGACCCUGAAGCCCACCACGCUGCGGGAGCUGGAGAGAUACGUCAAGUCUUGCUUGCAGAAAAAGCAGAGGAAGCCUCUCUCCACGAGCGGGAAGAAGCAGGCAGCCAAGUCGAAGGAGGAGCUGGCUCAGGAGAAGAAGAAGGAGCUGGAGAGGCGGCUGCAAGAUGUCAGCGGGCAGCUGAGCAACAGCAAGAAGCCAGCCAAGAGAGAGAAGGCGGGCUCCGCCGCGUCCGGGGGGCCCUCGCGGCUCAGCAGCAGCAGCUCCUCCGAGUCCGGCAGCAGCAGCACGAGCGGGUCCAGCUCCGACAGCAGCGACUCCGAGUGAGCCCUGGGCGCGCGGCUCGGGCCGCCGCCGCCGCCGGGACGCCGCGGCGCUCCCCCCGGCGGUUAAUAUACUCCUUUCGCUCCAUGGUGUGCAGGCUCUCUUUCACUUCAGUGUUAUGGUAUCUUCCAGUUCUGGCUUUAAUAGGUCAACCGAGAUCUUUCUGUGUGUGUCCAUUAGACUUUGAGAAGCUGUGAAUCGGCAUCAGGUCUUUGCUCCGUAACUGAACUCAAGUCCCUUGGAGAUGCCGGCUUCAGACGCUAACGUGAUAACCGUAGGAAGCGUGUGAGGUGUGGUCUGAAGGUGCUUGCAGAACCCCUUUCCUUACACCCGACCUGGUCUGUAGCCCCAGCGAGAAUGUCUCCCGCGGAAAUGUCUCGGACGUGGUGCCGCACAGGAAGGCUGUUGGCUUCGCCGACGGGGGUCUGUCUCCGUCUCCGAGCGCCCUGGGCCCUGACCCUCACGCCGAGGGCAGCUCUUUCUCUUUCUGCAGGGGCUGCGGACAGCCAGGCCCGCCCCUGCCAUGAGUGAGGGCCAGGGCGGGGUCCCCUCGGCCCCCAGCCCGAGCUCCUGCGGGUGGGGAGCCGACGAGGGGGCGUGCAGAGGAGCCGUCUCUCUGAUCUCCCGGGAUGUUGGGAGCUCCUGGGAGGAACACGGUGGCUGCGUGGGCAGCGCAAGGGUUCCCAAACACUGAAACUUUUACCUCAACUUUGAAAAAAAAAUAGAGAAAAGAUUUAAAAAAAAAAAAGGAGACUCUUUUUGUAAGGUUCAGCAAUUUUCUACGAAAGGCCAGCCCCACGCGUGUCCCCAGCCCAGCCGCUGCCACGCACUCCGGAACCAUCGUCCCAGUCUCGUGUAUAUAUGAAUAUUUUAUUUAUUAGCAUCAUUGGUCUUUUUUUUUUAAAAAAAAAAAGAAAGAAAAACAAAACCGCAAAAGAAAUGCAUUUUAGAAACGAGAAACAGAGGUGCAGAGACGCAGGCCUUUUCCGUGGUGUGAGGGGAGCCCAGGCCCCGCGGGCCGCGGGCCGCCCGCCCAGGUGCUACCGCCUCCUGCCCCUGCGCGGUGCUGAACCUCAUCUGCGUGCUCGUCUCGGGGCUGCGGGGUUUCUGUUCUCGUUCUUUCUCGUGUGUGUGCGUGCGUGUGCGUGUGUGUGUGUGUGAAAUCUGGAGACUCACAGGUAAUAGACAACUUCCGGCUGCAGCACAUUCUCAUUUUUUUUUUUUAAUUUCGUUUAGUUCUUUUAUAUUCACUUCUGGUCUCUCUUAGGACUGUUUUAAAAAGGACUUCGAUUUAGGGAACCCCAGUUAUAUAAUAUAAACUUUGUAAUCUGCAAGAAAAAGAAAUGUAUAGUAAAUCUAAGUCUUGAUUUUUACCUUUCUAUUGUAAAAAAAAAAAAAAAAAAGUAAUAAUAAUAUACAGAGUU